AUGUCAUUCAUAACGUUCAUUCGAAUAUUACUAACAAUAAUUUUAUUAACGGUUUCAUACGGUUUUAAAAUUCCUACAGAAUUAAGUAAAAAUUCAAUUCAAAUAGAUAAGCUUCGUAUAAUUGGCGGUACUCCUGUAAAUAUUAAAGAUUAUAAAUAUUUAGUUUCAAUCCAAUAUCGUAGAUCACAUAUAUGUGGUGGAUCAAUAAUAAAUGAAAAAACUAUAUUAUCUGCGGCACAUUGUUUUUCAGAUUCGAUAAAUAAUCCUGAUUUAAUAGAAAUUCAAGCAGGAUCAACAUACAUAAAUUGGGGAUGGGGAUAUUUUUUUUCAAACAAUAAUAAUAAUAAUGUAAGAAUAAAUGCCGAAAAUAUAAUUAUUCAUCCAGAAUAUAAUAUACCAGAUUUAUAUGAUAAUGAUAUUGCUUUAAUUGUAUUAAAAUCAAAUUUAAUAUAUUCAAAUAAAAUUGGAUCAAUUAAUUUACCAGAUGUGAAUGAUAUAUUUAGUCCUGGUACUAAAGUUGAAGUUUCUGGAUGGGGUACAACAAAUCAAUAUUUUAAUAUGUUGUCAAAUGUUUUGAAAUCAGUUGAAAUUGUAAUUAUUGAUUUAGAAACUUGUAAUAAAUUGAAUUAUAAUGAAGUUAAUGAAAAUAAUAUGUUAUGUGCUGGUGAUUUAAAUGGUGGGAAGGAUUCUUGUAGUGGAGAUUCUGGUGGACCGCUUGUAACAAAAAGAGACAAUAAAACAAUUAUUGUUGGUAUUGUAUCUUGGGGUUAUGGAUGCGGUUACUCAUCUCAUCCUGGUGUUUAUACAAAUGUUUCAAAAUUUUUAAAUUGGAUUAAAAUCAACAGCAGAUACUAA